AUGGAUUGUGCAACGACACAUAGUACAUGCUAUCAGGAAUCAUGCUCUGGUCUUCCUACUCGAGUGGUUGAUGUUAGCCAAAGGAAUCAAAACCCACACCUCGUUCUAUCUACUGGGGAUGAAGAAGUUGCCUAUGUGGCUCUUAGUCACUGUUGGGGUCCAUUGGUUCCAGGUUCAAGGCUGCUGAGAACGACAUCUGUUAAUAUCGAAUCUAUGCGUCGUGAAAUUCCUUUGGAAAGUAUGCCGCAGAACUUCCAAGACGCCGUCACCGUGACUCGCAUGUUGGGGCUUCACUACCUCUGGAUAGAUUCACUCUGCAUUAUCCAAGACUCGAAAGAGGACUGGGAGAAGGAAGGCGCGAAAAUGGGCGACAUCUAUAAAAACGCCUUUGUCACCAUUGCUGCGACGUCCGCGAGCAGAAGCGAAGAUGGGUUUUUGAAGUAUAGCACGAACGACUCAAGGACUGCGAUAUUGCUCCCUGCACUAUCUGCCUCGGAAGAAUCUGGCGAAUUGAUACUCCAGGAAACAACUCACACGGCGUCGCACUGGGAAGAAGCGGUCGAAAGUAGCACAUGGAAUGACCGCGCGUGGACAAUGCAAGAACGAUUCUUGGCUCGAUGCGUUAUACACUUUUCAAAGCACCAGAUCUACUGGGAAUGCCACGCACACAAUGAGGAUCCUGCGGAGGAGAUAGGAGGCCCAUCAUUCAUGCAUGAGCUCUAUACCUGGUGGUACAUAAUCGCUGCCCAGUAUUCCUCUCGCAAACUCACAUAUGCGUCCGACAAACUCCCUGCACUCUCUGGUAUCGCCGCCGAAAUGCUGUCCCUGGCAUCUCCUCACGUCUCAGACCGCUAUCUUUGCGGGAUAUGGGAAGAAGAUCUCGCGCACGGCCUUUUAUGGAGAUAUAGCGAGACGAGAAAUCACAUGUGUCACCCCUCACGAACACCGUCGUGGUCUUGGGCG